UUGCGUAGCGAGCCCCAAGAUGGCGGCGCGGUCGUCGUCGGCGGUGGCCGGAGCGCGGGCGGUGGCGGCGGCGCGGCCGGCAGCGAGGGCAGGGGUGAGGCGGGCGAAGGGAGGCAGCGCGUAGCGAGACCCACGAAGCGAGACCCAGAGAGAGACUGUCGCGGGCAGGCGGUCCCCCCGCGCCCCCCCGUCCUUCGCCGCCCGGUGGGUCCCGCCCGCCCCCGCCCUCCGGGCCGCGCGUCCUCCGGCCCCGCCGCCCCCGGAGCGGAGGAUGAUGAAGCUCAAGUCCAACCAGACGCGCACCUACGACGGGGACGGCUACAAGAAGCGGGCGGCCUGCCUGUGCUUCCGCAGCGAGAGCGAGGAGGAGGUGCUGCUGGUGAGCAGUAGUCGCCAUCCAGACCGAUGGAUUGUCCCCGGGGGUGGCAUGGAGCCCGAGGAGGAGCCCGGCGUGGCCGCCGUGCGCGAGGUCUGUGAAGAGGCUGGAGUGAAAGGGACGUUAGGAAGAUUAGUGGGAAUUUUUGAGAACCGGGACAGGAAGCACAGGACUUAUGUUUACGUACUCAUCGUCACCGAAGUGUUGGAGGACUGGGAGGACUCUGUCAAUAUUGGAAGGAAAAGGGAAUGGUUUAAGAUAGAGGAUGCCAUAAAAGUUCUGCAGUAUCACAAACCCGUGCAGGCCUCCUAUUUUGAGACCUUGAGGCAAGGCUGUCUGGCCAACAACGGCACCCCGGUGAUGAGCACGCCGUACUCCGAGAGCUCCGUGUCCGACAUCAGAUGACUGACGAGGUCCCUGCCAGAGCAAUUCCCAAAAGCAGACUGAGACCUGGAUUUCCCUCCCCUCCCCGUUUCCAUGCCUCCUCCCUCACACCAGGCAUGGGCAGCCGCCUGGGGCAGAGCAAGUGUUCAGAGUGCUGCGAUUUAGUGCAAGGUGGGAUGAUUUUUUUUUUUUGUUGUUGUUGUUGUUGGCUUUUUUUGCUUUUUUUUUUUUUUUUUUCUUUUUUUUGGAAUCUGUAUUUUGUAAAAUACAUUUUGUGCAUGAAGUGCCCCUUUCCCGGUACUCCGCUCCACGGCCUGGAGGCUGCCAGCCCCGCAUCUGCCUUGUGCUCUGAAGUGUCCCAAGUGUCCCCUUCGUGUCACCCCAGCCAGAGCCACUUUUUUUUUUUUUUUUUUUUAAUUAAAAGACUUCCAAUGCGAGAUCAGCUCUUCAAGUCUUAGUCUGUACUGUAAGGUGCUGCUCAGACCCGUGUGGGGAUUACUCGCAGCACACCUGUAUAAACUUUUUUUUUAGAUGGAGGAUCUAACAUUUUAAUUUUGCGGGAGUUUUUUUUUUUUUUUUUAAUCCUGGUCUGCUUCUGAAAAGAAGGGUUCAUAAUUAAUCUGUUUGCCUUUUGUUCUGUUUUUUAAAACCACACAUUCUGUGACAGUGCUAGUGGCUGGGCCAGUUUACUCCCCAACCAGUAUCUCCCGAUUUAGUGCAGUGACACUUGAAGUUGAGGGCAGAGUUCGGAUCACCUGCAGACAUCCCUGCGGCUUUUCCAGCAGCUUCCACCAACGUUUCUGCAUUUCCACCCGAGGGGAUCCGCGCGGAGCCGCUCUGGAGCCGCUGGCCAAAACCAAACGGCCUCAGCGGCGCUGCAGCAGCGGCGGGAAUCGGGGACGCAGGGGGGGUCGGACGGACGGACGGACAGACUGCAGCGAGGCUCACCGACGCCGUCCCUGCUCCCGCUCGCGUCUCUCUCGUCCACAUGCCUUACGCCGCGCUCAGCCGCACUCCGGGGUUUGCGUGUCCCCGGAGAGGAGCCCCGGGGGAAUAUUCAGCGUCGGGUCUCUUGUCCCGCGGCUCUGCAGCACUUAGGGUCGCAGCGUGGAGCGGGCCCGAAGCGUGCCCUCCGUGACAGGUACAGCUGUGACAGGUACAGCUGUGACAGGUACAGCUGUGACAGGUACAGCUGCCUCCCGCAGGCGGCAGAGCUCCUCCCCGCCGCGCCGGCACGCUUCACCUGGGGGUUUGUUGUUUUAUUGCUGUAAGUUUCAUGCUGUCUUGAUUUGCCAACAGUGUUGUCUAGUUGGGAAAUAAAAUGGGAAGGGUUGGGGUUUGGGGGGGGUGGGUUGGGACAGGUACAAGUUUCGGGAGGGGCAUUAAUUAAUCCCUGGCUUGGGACAAGAAGUGGUUGCUGAGUUCAGUAACUUCUCCUUUGUCAGAGCAGAGCCAAGAUGUGAAAUUAAAUCUGCAGUACUUUUUUUUUUUUUCCUUUUUUUUUUCCUGCUCUUUAUUUAACAAAAAAAUAUUCUAAUAAACACUCACUGUUCUGGAGUUUUCUCUCUUCCUGAGAAGCGCUUACAAUAUGAAAAUCUGAUAGAAAUAUCCAUGGAGCCUGGGACAAGGGGGAAUGGUAUCCUUGCUGCUUUGGCAAGAAGCUGUUCAUUUUAAGGUCCUUUUCUGUUCCUUUCCUUGUUCUCCCUGCUUUCAUCGGUGUGGAGUAGCAAGGCCAAAAGCAGUGCCAGCGAUCGCUGACAUGGAAAACCACGCGUAAGGAACAGCCCAUUAUUCGAGGAGUAGCUCAAACCCAAGCGUCUGGAAUUGAGCCCAAAUCACACCAGUUCAGCUCACUUCAACUUAGAGACGAAUGUACAAUCCUUUCUCACUAUGUGCUGGUCAGCCUGAAACCAAACUCUCAAAAGGGCUUGAAUAUUCUAUCUGGAAGUGUCCAAGGAAUUCCCACAGUCGCUGUCCCCGUGCCCUGCGAGGCACCUGACACAGCCAUCUACUGCCUUCAACGAGUCUUGGUCUCUACUGUACAGAUUAGUAUGUUGGAAACGCUUUGCAACAAAAACAGCUGGUACUCCUGAAAGAGUAACUGCAGUUUUAAUAUCAGCAGCAUGCACACUUUUGUUUUUAAACUAAAAAUGUUUUUACAGGGCUGUUAAAACUGACAAUUUAGGGUAGAAUAUUGUUAAUGACUUGCUAAUGGCUUAUUUGUUUGGGUCAGAAAAAAUAAAUUGUGCCAAGAAAGUGUUUUAAUGUGGCAUGGAUUGAUGCUGUUACCACCGAGUGGCUGAUGUUAUGCCUUGUAACUGGAAAUGGCUCCUGGGGCAGGAAUAGCCUUGAUGGAAGAGAUGCAGAUUCCAGGCCUGAGCCCUGAGCCCCCUGAACCCCUGCACAAACAAUUCCCAUCUUCCUCGGCAUCUGAGGAAGCAUCCAACAGCUGCACCCCCAGCAGCUGGAGUGGUUUUAUCUAAACUGCUGUCAAUUGGUUUGGGACUGAGUGUCACCCUGUCUGUGAGAGGCCCAGGGCAGGUGUGGGAGGGUGGCUCUGCUUCUGCAGCCCCAUCAGUGCUGCUGGGGCCACUGAGUCCCAGGGGAUGAGCCUGGGGCUCCCAGCUGAGCUCAAACUGCUGCUGUUCCAGCUGCUGGUGUUGCAGAGUGGGAUUCUUACCUCAGCUGGCCUGACCCUUGUGUGAGUUGUCGCUCUGUGUCUCAGCAUCCCCUGGGAGCGGAUCUCAGCUGGCUCUCGGCCUGGCUGUGCUCUCGGGGCACUGCUGGGAGCUGGGUAUGACACAGGUGUCCCCAGCCAGGUGCAGCAGCCCUCUGGUCCCCGCUCCUGGCAGGUCCUGAAUGCUGCUUUGGGGUGUGAGGUGAGGAGGGGCUCUGCUCUUCAUCACCCCGCUGAUGGAAGAGGAAGGGGGCAGAGCCUGAGGGCUGCACGUCAGGGUCCCUCACCCAUGGGUGCUGGGGAGGCAGCACCCAACCCUGCUGCUGGGGGGAAGGUGGGAGCUGGGUUUAGGCUGCAAGGAGCGGCACUAUCGGCAUUCCAUUCCCAGCAGCUGUUCCUGUGUAGGUGGGUGCUGUGAGCUCUUCCCUGCUCUCCUGUGGAGCACUGAGGCAGCUCGUUCAGCCCGAGCUGGAAUGUGCCUUAAAGCCAACUCUGUAAAGGGAAAAAUGAAAAGGGGUUGGAAUCUGCAAGUGUUGCUUUUUCCCUUGUGUGGCCACAAAGUAUUCAGUGGCUAAAAAUGUGGGUAGGGAAUGUCAGGAAUCCUCAGUUCCCUUCCCGGAUCUAGCAGGGGCUUUGGGCCUUUGCCUCAGCUUUUCCAUGCAGAAGCUGUGUUCAGCAUUCCACAGCGAGCAGGGAUCAAAAUCCCGGAGGCUGCACGCGUGCAGCGAGUACCCCUUGUACCAGAGCUGCAGGUUUUCCUGCCCGUUCUCUCAGUUUCAUCCCAAAUUGACGUGUUUGUGUUUUCACACAGCUGGCUGCAGCAUCCAUCCCUCUGCAGGGCAUACAGGGAGCACUGGGGCCUGGUGAGGGCUUGCUUUGGGGUUUGACCCUCCCAGGUGGAGCCUGGUGCUGGGGUGGGGUGGAGCUGCAUCUUCAGCCAAACCUGCCCCAAGCAGUGACUCCAGUGUGAGGAGCUUUUCCCUCUGCCUGCUCUGGUCUUGCUCCCAGGCUGGGUUUUCCCUCCUGGCUCCGUUCUCCUCAGCAAUGCCAUCAUCGGGGGCUGCAGCCUUCGGGGACGGGGUGACCUCGUGGCUGGGGUGUCCCUCAGCUGCCCCCUGAGCCCCUGACACACACAGGGUGUGAUCCUCCUUUUCCCAACCUUGGAAUGAACUAAUCCAGCUGCUCUGGGCUGCGGAGAUCCUGGAGUGCUGUGCUGGGGUAGUGGCAGGGGUUUGUACAGAACAGAAGUGCAGCUGGUGAAAAAGAAACUGAACUGGACUGAAGUUGUAUUUAGGAGAUUUAUAAAUCUUUGGUGCUAGUCCAUAGAGGUAUUUUUGUUGUUUUGGUUUGGUUUUUUUUUGGUGGGAAGAUGGGAAUUUUGAUGUUAUACUUGAUGAAUUUGCUCUAGAAUUGCCUCAGAAACCUGGGGAGGUCUGAGAGCGUUUGUUGAAUUUCCUGUGUGUCCUAUUUUAUAUUUAUUAAAUCAGAAAAUCUGGAAUGA